UCCAUAUUCUGUUCAACGAAGCGAUCAUUAUCUACUUAAAAAGUGAAAUAUAUAAUGGAUAAAGCAGAGUUGAAUGAACGGAAAAUGUCAUCAGCCUAUCAUGGAUCACUAAAAUGCAGACGUCUGAAGAAAACUAUGAAGGAUAAGUGUUUGGUGAUCGGAGAAACAACGAUGUAUUAUGGAAACUUCGGAUCCGUCCAGUUGUGGUCUCCAAUUCCGGGCUCCCCUAAUUUAGACAACGAACCAGAUAUUAUCAAUAUCCGCCCAGACAGUCCAAAAGAAGCGGCGUUACCGCUUCAGCGUAAACACCAAGCUACACCAAAGAAUACCAAAGGAAAGAAGCCAACUUCUCAAAAGAAGAUGAGUACACCAACAGACAAGAAGAAUACAUCUGCUAAGUAUCCAUUGCCACCAUUAAGAGCUGCCCCCGCUAGUGUCAGCAACAGUCGAUGUUUACCACGGGUGUCAAGGGGAAGAGAACCAUGCGAUUUCAAACCUUCAAGAUAUAUUGAACGUAGGGGAAAUUACCUCAUGUCUGCAUAUGCAUGGAUUCCACAACCAGGCUUCAAACCAAGUGAAAAGAAAACAACUCCAAAGAACGCUUUUACAUCAGAGUCUUCAAGCAUAAAAUAUGGAUCUCUUGGUAAACUACUUGAACCAACAAAGGGUGUAAAUACUUCCUCUUCUCUUGUAAUGGCCUCAUUAGAUGGCGUCCGCCUUCCUGCCAUUCGUGGAGCAACAAGAGCCUCUGAAACCCAACAGAUCCUUCCACCAACUGCCCAGUACAUCAAUAUCUAUAAGGACGAUGGCCAUCUCCCUCCCACGAAGGUCAGAUCUAUGACAAUUGCCAAUAAAGGACUUGAAAGGGAGUAUCAUAAAACCACAAAAGGCUACAAAUGGUAGAUAUUUGUUUCAAAUAUCCGAAGUAUGGUAACACCUGUGAACACGCUCUAAUGCUUGAAGCAUCCUUCUGAAAUAUUUAAAACUGAAAAUUGUAAAGCAUCUUCUGAUAUUUCAAAUGAUAAUUCGAGCAGUUAUAUGCAAAUUACAUAUUUUCGCAUUGGACGAAAUUGUUCCUGCGGACACAGUUGAACCCCCGAAUGAAACUAAGGGGGUUGUACCUGUAACGCUAUUAGUUAAUGCCGGAAUUCGCCUAUGCAGAAGGUGGUGCGGAAACUAGCCUAUGACAGGUGGUGCCGGAACUAGCCGAUGACAGGUGGUGCCGGAACGAGCCGAUGACAGGUGGUGCCGGAACGAGCCGAUGACAGGUGGUGCCGGAACGAGCCGAUGACAGGUGGUGCCGAAACAAGACGAUGGCAGGUGGUAUCAGAACGAGCCGAUGACAGGUGAUGUUGGAACUAGUCGAUGACAGGUGGUGCCGGAACGAGCCAAUGACAGGUGGUGCCGGAACAAGACGAUGGCAGGUGGUAUCAGAACGAGCCAAUGACAGGUGAUGUUUGAACUAGUCGAUGACAGGUGGUGCCGGAACUAGUCGAUGGCAGGUGGUGCCGGAACGAGCCGAUGACAGGUGAUGUACGAACUAAUCGAUGACAGUGGUGCCGGAACAAGCCGAUGGCAGGUGGUGUCGGAACGAGCCGAUGCAAUUUUCGUCAUGAUAUGGUGGUGCAGAUAUUGUAAAAAUACUGAGGUCAAUGUAUCAAUCACCAAGAAAACUAGAGAGCUUUUCAAGAUUUUGAUUAUGGAAAGGAACAUUUUAUAUUCUUUGCAAAAUCAACAGGAAAUGUGCGAAAUUAUUUUGUUAU